ACGCGCUCCCCGCCCCCUCCGCGCCGGGAGCCCGAGCCCAAGCCGGAGCCCGAGGAGGGCGAAGGGGCGGCGGGCGGCGAGGAGGCGGCGCGGGAGGCGGCUGGUGCCGCGGGGCCGCCGCCGCCUCUGAGCCGCGCCGAGCGCACGAGCGCAGCCGCGUCGCUGCGGCCCCGGCCGCGCCAUGGGGAAGGAGCAGGAGCUGGUGCAGGCGGUGAAGGCGGAGGACGUAGGGACCGCGCAGAGGCUGCUGCAGAGGCCGCGGCCCGGGAAGGCCAAGCUCCUGGGCUCCACCAAGAAGAUCAAUGUUAACUUCCAGGACCCAGAUGGCUUCUCGGCUUUGCACCACGCGGCCCUGAAUGGCAACACGGAAUUGAUCAGCCUGCUGCUGGAGGCCCAGGCUGCUGUGGACAUCAAGGACAACAAAGGCAUGCGGCCGCUGCACUAUGCGGCCUGGCAGGGCCGGAAGGAGCCCAUGAAGCUGGUGCUGAAGGCGGGCUCGUCCGUGAACAUCCCAUCUGAUGAGGGCCACAUCCCCCUGCACCUGGCAGCCCAGCACGGUCACUAUGAUGUGUCUGAGAUGCUGCUACAGCACCAGUCUAACCCGUGCAUGGUGGACAACUCGGGGAAGACGCCCCUGGACCUGGCCUGCGAGUUCGGCCGCGUUGGGGUGGUCCAGCUGCUUCUCAGCAGCAACAUGUGUGCGGCGCUGCUGGAGCCCCGGCCGGGAGAUGCCACCGACCCCAACGGCACCAGCCCUUUGCACCUCGCAGCCAAGAAUGGCCACAUCGACAUCAUCAGGCUCCUCCUCCAAGCCGGCAUCGACAUUAACCGCCAGACCAAGUCCGGCACGGCCCUGCACGAGGCUGCGCUCUGCGGGAAGACAGAGGUGGUGCGGCUGCUGCUGGAUAGCGGGAUCAAUGCCCACGUGAGGAACACCUACAGCCAGACAGCCCUGGACAUCGUGCACCAGUUCACCACGUCCCAGGCCAGCAGAGAGAUCAAGCAGCUGUUGCGAGGUGGGCCCAGGCAGGGCAGAGGGGCAGUGGCUGGGGCUGGGGCUGGGCCAGAUCAGCCCGCAGGACUUGGGGGGCCCCCUCCUGUAUCCCCAGAGGCCUCGGCGGCCCUGCAGGUCCGGGCGACCAAGGAUUAUUGCAACAAUUACGACCUGACCAGCCUCAAUGUGAAGGCGGGGGACAUCAUCACAGUCCUUGAGCAGCAUCCGGAUGGCCGGUGGAAGGGCUGUAUCCAUGACAACCGGACGGGUAAUGACCGGGUGGGUUACUUCCCGUCCUCCUUGGGCGAGGCCAUCGUCAAGCGUGCAGGUUCCCGAGCAGGCACUGAGCCAAGCCUGCCGCAGGGAAGCAGCUCAUUGGGACCUUCUGCACCCCCAGAGGAGAUCUGGGUGCUGAGGAAGCCUUUUGCAGGUGGGGACCGAAGCGGCAGCAUUAGCGGCGUGGCUGGUAGCCGGGGCAGUGGGGGCCACACCCUACACGCGGGCUCUGAGGGUAUCAAGCUCCUGGCAACGGUGCUUUCCCAGAAGUCCGUCUCCGAGUCCAGCCCAGGGGACAGCCCCGCCAAGCCUCCAGAAGGCUCUGCAGGUGCAGCCCGGUCCCAGCCUCCAGUGGCCCAUGCCGGGCAGAUCUAUGGGGAGCAGCCGCCCAAGAAGCUGGAGCCAGCAUCGGAGGGCAAGAGCGCCGAGGCCGUGAGCCAAUGGCUCACUGCGUUCCAGCUGCAGCUCUAUGCCCCCAACUUCAUCAGCGCUGGCUACGACCUGCCCACCAUCAGCCGCAUGACCCCUGAGGACCUCACGGCCAUUGGUGUCACCAAGCCGGGCCACCGGAAGAAGAUCGCGGCAGAGAUCAGCGGCCUAAGCAUCCCCGACUGGCUGCCUGAGCACAAACCCGCUAACCUGGCCGUGUGGCUGUCCAUGAUCGGCCUGGCCCAGUACUACAAGGUGUUGGUGGACAAUGGCUAUGAGAACAUCGAUUUCAUCACUGAUAUCACCUGGGAAGACCUGCAGGAGAUCGGCAUCACCAAGCUGGGACACCAGAAGAAGCUGAUGCUGGCUGUGAGGAAGCUGGCAGAGCUGCAGAAGGCUGAAUAUGCCAAGUAUGAGGGAGGCCCCCUGCGCCGGAAGGCGCCCCAGUCACUUGAAGUGAUGGCCAUUGAGUCUCCGCCCCCGCCUGAGCCCACACCGGCCGACUGCCAGUCCCCUAAAAUGACCACCUUCCAGGACAGCGAGCUCAGUGAUGAGCUGCAGGCUGCCAUGACUGGCCCAGCUGAGGUGGGGACCACCGCUGAGAAGCCCUCCAGCCAUCUGCCACCCACCCCGAGGGCCACCACACGGCAGGAGUCCAGCCUGAGUGGUCGGGCACGGCACAUGAGCAGCUCACAGGAGCUGCUGGGUGACGGGCCCCCUGGGCCCAGCAGCCCCAUGUCUCGAAGCCAGGAGUACCUGCUGGAUGAAGGCCCGGCUCCCGGGACCCCGCCCAAGGAGGCCAGGCCAGGCCGCCACGGUCACAGUGUCAAGAGGGCCAGUGUGCCCCCUGUGCCUGGCAAGCCACGGCAGGUCCUCCCACCAGGCACCAGCCACUUCACGCCCCCCCAGACUCCCACCAAAACCCGACCAGGCUCUCCCCAGGCCCUUGGGGGACCUCAUGGUCCAUCCCCAGCUACGGCCAAGGUGAAGCCUACCCCGCAGCUGCUGCCGCCAACAGAGCGCCCCAUGUCACCCCGCUCCCUGCCUCAGUCACCCACGCACCGUGGCUUUGCCUAUGUGCUGCCCCAGCCUGUGGAGGGCGAGGUGGGGCCAGCUGCCCCGGGGCCUGCGCCCCCACCCGUGCCGACUGCUGUGCCCACACUGUGCCUGCCCCCCGAGGCUGACGCAGAGCCGGGGCGGCCCAAGAAGCGAGCCCACAGCCUGAAUCGCUACGCAGCAUCCGACAGCGAGCCAGAGCGGGAUGAGCUGCUGGUGCCUACUGCUGCGGGCCCCUAUGCCACGGUCCAGCGGCGCGUGGGCCGCAGCCACUCGGUGAGGGCACCUGCAGGUGCCGACAAGAACGUUAACCGCAGCCAGUCCUUCGCUGUGCGGCCCCGAAAGAAGGGGCCCCCGCCACCCCCGCCCAAGCGCUCCAGCUCGGCCCUGGCCAGUGCCAACCUGGCGGAUGAACCGGUGCCGGACGCUGAGCCUGAAGAUGGCCUGCUGGGGGUCCGCGCACAGUGCCGGCGGGCCAGUGACCUGGCCGGCAGCGUGGACACGGGCAGUGCCGGCAGUGUGAAGAGCAUUGCGGCCAUGCUGGAGCUGUCCUCCAUUGGGGGUGGGGGCCGGGCUGCCCGCAGGCCUCCCGAGGGCCACCCCACUCCCCGCCCUGCCAGCCCAGAGCCGGGUCGGGUGGCCACCGUGCUGGCCUCAGUGAAACACAAAGAGGCCAUCGGGCCUGGCGGGGAGGUGGUGAACCGGCGCCGCACACUCAGCGGGCCAGUCACUGGACUUCUGGCCACUGCCCGCCGGGGGCCUGGGGAGUCGGCAGACCCAGGGCUCUUUGUGGAGGAUGGCACUGGCCGGCAGCGGCCUCGGGGUCCCUCCAAGGGCGAGGCAGGUGUUGAGGGCCCGCCCUUAGCCAGGGUGGAGGCCAGCGCCACACUCAAGAGGCGCAUCCGGGCCAAGCAGAACCAGCAGGAGAACGUCAAGUUCAUCCUGACCGAGUCUGACACGGUGAAGCGCCGGCCCAAGGCCAAGGAGCGGGAGGCCGGGCCUGAGCCACCACCACCACUGUCCGUGUACCAGAAUGGCACUGGCACCGUGCGCCGCCGACCGGCCUCGGAGCAGGCUGGGCCUCCGGAGCUGCCCCCACCGCCCCCGCCUGCCGAACCCCCACCCACCGACCUGGCACACCUACCCCCACUACCCCCGCCUGAGGGCGAAGCCCGGAAGCCGGCCAAGCCGCCUGUCUCUCCCAAGCCAGUCCUGACGCAGCCCAUGCCCAAGAUCCAGGGCUCACCCACACCCACCUCCAAGAAGGUGCCGCUGCCAGGCCCUGGCAGCCCAGAGGUGAAGCGCGCCCACGGCACACCGCCGCCCGUGUCUCCCAAGCCGCCGCCGCCGCCCACGGCGCCCAAGCCCGCCAAGGCGGCCGCGGGGCUGCCUUCGGGCAGCGCUGGCCCUUCGCCCGCACCCUCGCCCGCGCGCCAGCCGCCCGCCGCCCUCGCCAAGCCGCUCGGUACGCCUCCCUCGCUGGGCACCAGCCCCGUCAAGCCCCCGUCCCCCGGCGCGCCCGCGCUGCACGUGCCCGCCAAGCCCCCGCGCGCCGCCGCCGCUGCCGCCGCCGCGACCCCCGCCCCGACCGAAGGCGCCUCGCCCGGGGACAGCGCCCGGCAGAAGCUGGAGGAGACGAGCGCAUGCUUGGCCGCGGCGCUGCAGGCGGUGGAGGAGAAAAUCCGGCAGGAGGACGCGCAGGGCCCGCGCGACUCGGCGGCAGAAAAGAGCACGGGCAGCAUCCUGGACGACAUCGGCAGCAUGUUCGACGACCUGGCCGACCAGCUGGACGCCAUGCUGGAGUGAGCGCCGCCUCGCCGGGCCCGCCUGCGCCGCCCGGGCCCUCCCCGCACACUGACCUAUACCUCAGGAUGGGCGCGUCUGGGCGCGGCGCGAGCGGCCGGGCAGGGCCCCGCACAAGCACAACUCCGGCCCCUGGGGUCGGGCCGGGGCGCCCACCGGGGACCGCCUGGCCGGGGGCUCCAAGGGCUCUGGGCAGACCCCGCGCCUGCGCGUCCUCCCCAUCUGCUGCUCCCCAUGCAAUACCUGCUGGGCCUCCUGCCUGUGCGGAAGGGGAGGGCGCCCCGGGACCAGGGAUGGGGCAGCGCACAGGCCCGGGCCCAGCACAGAACUGCCCAUCGGGACGCCCGGUCAGCCGCUCAGGCGCAGCACAAGGGACAGGGGACCAGGGUCAGGGCCCCCCUGCCCCACCGCACCCCCAGAAUAUAAGCUAUCAAGAGUAUUAAUUUAUUGGGAAUGAGCUGAGGCGGAUUUCCCCAGAGAAACAAAAAGGUAUAACUUUAACAAAUAUAUAUUUAAAGAAAGAAAUAUUAUUGAUUCUAUAGAAAACCAUUUACCAACUGAAAGGACAAGAGUCUAGCUCCGGACAAAAGCUGUUAAGAGGACCAGGCUGUCUGCCUGCGGUCCUUCCUCCCUCCGGCCAGAGUGGAGGCCCCAGGCCGCUAGCACAGGUGGAAGGCUGGGGCCCCGGGGCGGGUGCUCAGGCGGGGGCUCCUCCGCGCUUCUCUCCUAAGUUCUCUGCGCCCCAAGAACUCGAGGUUGUGCCUUGCUCUUGGCGGCCAUGUCCUCCUCCUGGCGUGGCUGUAUCGGGGUGCGGGUGGGUGUGGUGAAUGUGGGUGUGUCAGUGUGGCGGCCACGUGGAAGCAGGGCACGUAGCAGGCCAGGCCAGGGACUUGCAGCUCCUCUGAGGGCGUGCCUGGCCUCCUCUGGGGCCUGUGCAGGCAGCCUGUCCACCCCGCCGGAGUUCCCACGGACGCUUCUGCUCAUGGUCCAAGGCUGUGUCGUGUGGUCAUUCUCACCCUCCCUUUUCCUCUCUCUGUCCCUGCUCCCUCCAAGAAGUACUGACUGGUCUCUAUCGUGUUUGCUGAUCCACAGUGUUGGGCACAACUUUGACGUUUCUUAAAAAAAAAAUUUUAAAAAUGCCGAAAACCAGCGAUUGUGGUGUGGGGCGGGCGGAGGCGGCUGGCGGAGGUGGCGUCCGUGCGUGCAGGGCCCCUUCCCGCUGUCUCACCCCGUGCUUCCCUGUAAGUGGACGUGCCCAGCUGUCCCCCCAGGCCUCUCCUCAGUGGGCGGCCCAGGCUGGGCUCCAGCAGGCAGGGAGGGGAGGUUUGGGCAAGGCGCUGCUGUUGGCUGUCAAUAAACAGCAGGAAACA